AUGUACGAUAGAAAUAGUGUUACAUCAUCGAACAAUUGUCGUAUAUUUGAUACUGGCAAAAAUUUAUUAAAUUUCGAUUGUCAUUCCAUAGUACUUAAUGAUCCAGAAACACAUUUGUUACUUGUUGGUAAUCAUGAACUAGCAUUUAUUAAUUUCGAAACACUAAUUUCACAGCUCGAUGAUCUAGCCGGCAUCAAUACAAAUGGAUCUUUACCAUCUUUAUUUGAUGUUAAACUCGUAUCAUUAUUCGAUAGUUAUAAUGUUAAUCGACCCAUUGUCGAAUGGAAUUGUUGUGAACCAAAUCAAUAUGCCGUAGCUAUUGAUCGUCUUGUACGUUUUUAUACAGUUGACCAAGCAAACAUUAAUGAAAGUAUUGCUGUCAUUGAUUCACAACACAAGCGUCCGAUUUCAACUAUAUCUUAUGCGCCUCAUAAUACACAUUGGCUAUUAACUGGUUCACUUGAUGGUCAAAUUCAAGUAUGGGAUACGCGACAGUGUUCAGUGAAAAAUCCAGCUAGCCUAAAGUUUACAGCAACAACACCAUUCAGCAUUCGUCGUAUUCAAUGGUCAUCAGAAAAAACGGAAAGUUCAGAUCAAUUAGCUGUUCAAUGUGAUCGAAGUGUACGAAUAUAUGAUAUACGCCGAACAGAUGCCUCUGUAAUAUCAUCAACUGAUCUAGAACAUACACAACGUAUAAUAGAUAUGGAUUGGAUAAAACAAAGUCAGUCAAUUGUUACACUUUCGUCGGAUCAAUCUAUAAGAAUAUUUUCAACAACUGGCCAGAAAAUUGCAGAAUCAUUACCUAACGAACAAUCCCCGUGUACCUUUAGUAAAAUUCAAACGACUAUGUAUGAUAAUCUACUUGUUUGUGCAUCUCGUGAUCCUAUAUCAUCAGCAUCUGGCUUUCUUGGAUGGCAUUGGGAUGGUGAACAAUGUUUACAACCAUUGACUAAUCGUAUAUUAUCACCAACUCUAGCGCCCAUAGUGGAUUUUUGUUUUGUUAAAAAUACUCAUUUUUUUAAUUUAUUUAAUAACUCGUCAUCGUCACAUAUGAACGAUGAAUUAACCAAUCGUUUCCUUCUACUUACCUGGUGUCGCGAUGGAAAUCUAUGUUUAGUUGAGAUGGAUUCAACAUUUCGACAAACAUGCAUGAAUCAGCAGACACGAACUAAGCUAGUUAAUACAGCUGAUUCAGGGACCACGAUAGAUAACUCGCGAACAUCGAUACAUCCAUCUCGACAUCAUGGAACAGCUCGAAAUAGUUUGUCCACCGUGACAAUGGAUUCUAUUCAAAGUGAAACAAGCGACACAGGAGAUGAUGAUAGUGACAAUCCUUUUCAAGCAAUGCCAGCAUCACCACCUAAUACAGUUGAAUCUUCCGAAGCCAGCGAUGAAAACGAUUAUCCUACUAUUGCUGAUAAGAGCAAUAAUGCAAUAACAGAAGUAUCAAUUCAAAAUGAAUUAAACUCUAUACAUGAUAGCUAUGGUCCAUAUAUUUUUGUUGAAACAACAGAUGAACAACGUCGUAUGUGCAUACUUCGCUGUAUAUAUUCUUUAGACAAUUCUUCUUCGUUUCGUGUGUUUUUAACUUUUUCGCGUCACUAUCCCAUAAUAUCGCAAUUGUUUGUUCGCUUUAAAUUGCCAACCAAGAACAAUGAUGAACGUUUAAAAUCAUUUCAAUCUCACAUACAAAUCAUGGUUGAAGAUACAUGCUAUACUUGUUUUUAUCAUGGACAAUUAUGUUUACAUAGAUGUUUAAUAAAAUUAAAAAGUUUAUUUGAUAAAUAUUUUAAACAAGCCAGACUAUUUUCAACGGCACAAUCAAUGCCGAAUAAUACACAUAAAAAACGUAAUCAAUCAUCAACUAAUUUUGAUGGUGAUUCAAUUAACGAUUUUACAAAUAGUAACAAUAAUUCAACUGCAAACAAUGAUAAUAAUUCUAAUCGGAUAUUUAUUCCAGCAUCGUCAACCACGCAUACGAAUGAGAGUCAAAUAUCAGUGAAUUCAUUUGUUCAUGGUCAUCGGCGUACAUGCGGUGCUCGUUUUUCAGGUAGUUCACACUUAAUAUGUUUUGGUCAAGUUGUCAGUAUUCAACAAACAAGUUCAGCACCAAUUUUAACUUCAUUAAGCGACGGAACCUUGAAUCGACCACAAUCAUUACCCCUACGUCCAACAAGUUUAGCAGUGGCAAAAACCCGUGAAAACUCAAGUACUGAUGAACAGUCAAGUUAUCGAACAACAGCAAUAACAAAUGCAAUGCAAAUACAGUAUACCCAAAAUAAUCAACGCUUGCCAAUAUUUUCAGCUCCUGUUCGUCCAACAUUUGGUACAAAUAUAUUUGACGAUGAUCGACGUUUAUCAACAGGAUAUCAACGUUCAUCAACAAAAUGUCAACGUUCAUCAACAGGAUAUCAACGUUCUCUUGGUCAAACGCUCCGUCCGCAUUCAACUGUAUCAAUAUAUGAUGUUUCUAUUUUAUUACCUGUUAGUAAAAAAUUAGCGGAUGAUUAUAAAAUUGAUCUAAACAAUCCAGUGGAAAUGUGUGAAGUGAAUCAAGAAGUAGCACAAAAAAUGGGCAAAACUGACCUAUCACAUUGUUGGCGUCUACUAGGUCGUUUGCUAUCUUUACAGCCAAAUUUACAAAAUGAUGAUUCUUGGUUUCAAACACCCAUAGCUCAAGGUUUAAUCAAUCAUAUAGUUGCAGCUUAUGUUAAGAAUGGUGAUAUACAAUCGGCAAGCAUGUUUCUUUUAACGAUGUCUCAAACAUCAUAUUUAAAAACAAGAAUUCAUACAAAACUAGUAGCCGAACACAAUUCCAAUCCAAUCUUAUAUGCUUAUGCAUCUUUAUUACAUCGAUGGAAACAUUUUUAUAAACGAACACAAAUCUUGUCUCAAAUAGAUCACAAUUGUCAAUCGCCCGCACCAUUCACUCCAAUAGCAUCCGCACAAACAACUAUCAUGUGUUCAAUUUGUUUACAACCCGUUUUGGGUCAAUAUUUUUUAUGUGCAAUAUGUGGUCACGGUGGACACUUGAUGCAUAUGCACGAUUGGUUUUCAUCCGACGGUCUUAAACAUAGAUAUUGCCCAGAAAAAGAUUGUUCCUGUCGAUGUAUUAUAAAACAGCAAGAAUUAUUAGCAAUAAAUACUAUUCAACUGCAACAACAACAGCCGCUUCCAAUAACACCUAGACCUUAUCUAGCUCGCCAACCAUCAAGUAGUUUUCGUCCUUAA